GAGGGUUGCGGAGACACAGGAGGCCAGUUGAGAGUGGCAGAGGAGAAAGGAGUUUCAUGGGAGGAUGGGGCUUGGAGAGAGAUGAGGGAGGGAAAACGGGGGCCGCCAUGCAUCCUCAGCUUCCGGGGGACUUUGGAGAGGGUCGAGGCUCAGUGGGAGCUGGAGGCCCAGGGCCCCGGCCAGUGCCCAGCCCCGCUGGGAGACCCGGCCAGCACCACGGACGGCGCCCAGGAAGCCCGAGUCCCCCUGGACGGGGCCUUCUGGAUCCCGAGGCCCCCGGCAGGUUCGCCCAAGGGCUGCUUCGCUUGCGUGUCCAAGCCCCCUGCCCUGCAGGCUCCAGCGGCCCCUGCCCCUGAGCCCUCGGCCUCUCCCCCGAUGGCGCCCACACUGUUCCCCAUGGAGUCCAAGAGCAGCAAGACCGACAGCGUGCGGGCUGCCGGCGCGCCCCCCGCCUGCAAGCACCUAGCCGAGAAGAAGACGAUGACCAACCCCACGACCGUCAUCGAGGUCUACCCGGACACCACCGAGGUGAACGACUAUUACCUGUGGUCCAUCUUCAACUUCGUCUACCUCAACUUCUGCUGCCUGGGCUUCAUCGCCUUGGCCUACUCCCUCAAAGUGCGAGACAAGAAGCUUCUCAAUGACCUGAAUGGAGCCGUGGAGGAUGCAAAGACGGCCCGGCUGUUCAACAUCACCAGUUCUGCCCUGGCAGCCUCCUGCAUCAUCCUCGUCUUCAUUUUCCUGCGGUACCCCCUCACCGACUACUAAGGCCCGCCAGGCACGGCUGCUGGCAGAGACAAGCACUGAGACAUGUUUAUUCUCGUGGUCCCUGAAACGCAGGAUCCCAUGAGGUUGGGGCAGGGCAGGGCUUCUUGUCCUGGGGCCCCCUUGAGCUGUGAACUGGGCAGCAAGACCAUCAGAAGCUGAGUACAGCAAGGGGGCAGUGAGCUUGGCCCUCAGUCCACCCCCUCCGCCUCCUGGCCUCCGCCCUGCCUAUGUCUGGGGCCUGGGGGCUUCUCCCCUCGCUGCUGCACCCUGGCUUCCAGCGUCUGUGUCCCUGCCCUCACGUGCCCCUUCCCAGGCUCCUGGGGCCCCUUGGACCUGACACCUAGCAGGAAGGGCUUAUGCAAAAUUGUCCCAGGUUGGGAGGACUCACUCUGUGCUCCCCGACCCUGCCUCCUCCACGAUGUGACCCCGCUCAGAGCCCUUGUGUCUGUGAACUUUCAAUGAAAUACCCAUGCAGCUCCA